CAAAGCAUGCUGGACCACAGUUCAACGCCCAAAAUGGCAGCACAACUGAAAAGUUUAGCCUAUUAUGUUCGACUUUGUCUUCUUUAUAGACUAUUUAUUUAGCUGUUUUAGCGGCACUGAAGCGUACUGUUUUCAUAUUGGUUGGACGCAGGCAUUUUCUAAUGCUUGCGGAAUAAGGCAAACAUCACUAUGGUGCUUUGAUAGCAGCUAAAUUCAAAGCAUCACUUCACCAAUGCUUGGCUAAGCUAAAGUGGGCUAGCAGGCUAACUACCGUCAGAUGAGUGUUAUCUCCAUGCUAAACUGAAUAUGAAGAAGAGUACCCUUCCAUAGAAAUGGAGGAUGAUGUGAAAAAAGUGAAAAAGCCUGGUAUCGUGUCCCCGUUCAAGCGAGUCUUCCUGAAAGGAGAGAAGGGGAGGGACAAGAAGGCCCAAGAGAAGGCCACCGAGCGCAGGGCCCUCCACACCUUCUCACUCUCUCAGCCCGACCACCGCAUCGAUCCUGACAUCCUGCUUAAUGACUACAUUGAGAAGGAAGUCAAAUACUUGGGGCAGCUGACAUCAGUUCCAGGAUACUUGAACCCAUCAAGUAGGACAGAGGUCCUGCAGCUCAUUGACAAUGCAAGAAAGUCCCAUCAGCUGGCAGGCCAGCUGACAUCAGAGCAGGAUGCUGUGGUGAGCUUGUCAGCAUACAACAUAAAGCUCGUGUGGCGUGAUAGAGAGGACAUCAUCCUGAGAGUGCCCAUACACGACAUUGCUGCUGUGUCCUACAUCAGGGAUGACUCGUUGCACCUGGUGGUGAUCAAAACAGCCCAGGAGUCCGGAGGAUCUCCCUGUCCCAGCUCAUGCCCAGAUCUUAACAAAUCUCAGACCCUCAGCUCCCUGUCAGAGAGCGGAGCUGUGCUUGUAGAAGUCUGCUGUCUGCUGGUGCUCGCCGUUGAAAAUAAGGCUGCUGCAGAGGAGCUUUGUCUUUUGCUCAGCCAGGUCUUUCAGAUUGUUUAUACAGAAUCAACCAUCGACUUCUUGGACAGAGCCAUUUUUGAUGGAGCAACUACACCUACAAGACACCAUUCGCUAUACAGUGAUGACUCCUCAAGUAAAGUUGAUGUUAAGGAGGCCUUCGAAGCGGAAGCCAGCACAUUUCCUUUCCAGGGUUCGAUAGAGGCAGAAGGAAACUCUCCAACAGCUUCCACCCCAGCAUCACCUCAGAUGAAGACAGCGAGUGAAGGAGAGCUCAGUACCACUGCUGCAGAGCUGCUGCAGGACUACAUGACCACACUUCGGACAAAACUGUCAUCACAGGAGAUCCAGCAGUUUGCUACCCUGCUCCAUGAAUAUCGGAACGGUGCCUCCAUCCAUGAGUUCUGCAUAAACCUGCGACAGCUCUACGGGGACAGCAGGAAGUUCCUUCUACUUGGCUUGCGUCCCUUCAUACCAGAGAAGGACAGCCAGCACUUUGAGAAUUUUCUCGAGACCAUUGGUGUCAAAGACGGUCGAGGAAUCAUCACAGACAGCUUUGGCCGCUAUCGGCGUACAGCCAGCUGUGCCUCUGAUUCCACCACCAACGGCAAUGGAGCAGCAGGUGGAAGUGGCGACAGCACGGCCUCAGACGAGGGCCAGGAGGCCUCUGAAGGAGACGAAUGGGACCGUAUGAUAACCAAUAUCAGUAAUGACAUUGAAGCUCUUGGCUGCAGUAUGGACCAGGAGGGAGUGAUGCCCUGAUAUGGUGAACAAAGCUUUUAUUUUUUUGUUGUUUUUUUUGCAAGAGCUGACAGCCAAAUGAACAGAAGGCAUGAGCUAAAUGGAUCAGAUGAAGGUGGUCUUUGGCACUGACCCUAAGAUUUAGUUAAUAGUAUUUUCCUCUAAUUGUCAAGAGGAUGCUUCAUAGUCCUCAUGCACUCAAAGAAAAUCUCAACCUAGUACCAUAAAAACAUGAAGUCAGCAUUUGCACUUACUGUAUGGGUGACAUGCAGUUAGUUGGCUAGUUUGCAUUCAGAGGGAUUUAUAGCCUCUGAUAUAUUUUUAACAUUUCUUUGAUUUUGUACUCAUUAUUGGCAGUAUCUGCCACUGGUGUCAGCAAUGUAGCAAAAAAUCUCCAGUCUUUGAGAACAUUUCUGUUUUGAACAGCCUUAAAGACUAUAAUCCACCAGAGGACCGUACAUGUUUUAGAAGGUUCAAUCUGAGGCUGUGCUGGUUUGUGUUUUGUAUUAUUUUAGGUCAGUCAGCUUCAUCCACCAGAAGUUUGGAUUUCCCCAUUUAUUUCCCGCUUGUCCUGAGAGUGUAACAUUUUGCUAUAUAUUUUAUUUUUCAGUAUGAUUUGUGUACCACUUCUGAUUUCUUAUCAGUGUUUACUCAUCUGUAUAAUUUUGCCUUAUUCAAACUGACCAACAAGAUGCUGUAAAAACAUUCUCAUUCAAGAAAUUGAGUGGGGACUGUAUCUGACAAAGCCAGUUCGUUUAUGGCUGAUGUAAGUUGAUUUUAGCUAUUUGUACUUUUCAUGCAGGUCAUCUUAUUAUGUUUUAUAUUUAUGUUUAUACAUACUGCAGUACUGCUGCCAGCUGUCUGUCAGACCCAGACAGGUAAUUACAAACUGUAACUACAGUUGUUGAGCAAAUCAUAGUUAUUAAAUAACAGCUACAUUA